GCCGCCUCCCGCGCUGCCCGCGGCCCCUGCCCGCUCGCGCGCCGCCCUCGGAAGCCCGAGCGAGCGGAGGCUGCGGGAGCGGCGCGGCGGAGCGGCCGGCCCGAGCGCCCGGAGCCGCAGCCUCGCGCCCACCGUGUCUGAGGGAGCCUCUCCGGACCGGACCCCCACAGAAGGUCAUCAGGUGCCCGCUGCAAAGCUGCUGUCCACGUGGACCGGAGCCGACCUCGCCCGCGCGCCCGCCAGGACCAAGCACCGCGCCAUGGCGACCGACGGCAGCAAGGUGGCCGACGGGCAGAUCUCCACGGAGGUCAGCGAGGCGCCGGUGGCCAACGACAAGCCCAAGACGCUGGUGGUGAAGGUGCAGAAGACGGACCUGCCCGACCGGGACACGUGGAAGGGCCGCUUCGACUUCCUCAUGUCCUGCGUGGGCUACGCCAUCGGGCUGGGCAACGUCUGGCGCUUCCCCUACCUCUGCGGCAAGAACGGCGGCGGGGCCUUCCUCAUCCCCUACUUCCUGACGCUCAUCUUCGCGGGGGUGCCGCUCUUCCUGCUCGAGUGCUCCCUGGGCCAGUACACGUCCAUCGGGGGCCUGGGCGUGUGGAAGCUGGCCCCCAUGUUCAAGGGAGUGGGCCUGGCGGCCGCCGUGCUCUCCUUCUGGCUGAACAUCUACUACAUCGUCAUCAUCUCCUGGGCCCUCUACUACCUGUACCACUCCUUCACCACGACGCUGCCCUGGAAGCAGUGCGACAACCCCUGGAACACGGAGCGCUGCUUCUCCAACUACAGCGUCAUCAACAGCACCAACAUGACCAGCGCCGUGGUGGAGUUCUGGGAGCGCAACAUGCAUCAGAUGACAGAUGGGCUGGAUAAGCCGGGUCAGAUCCGCUGGCCCCUGGCCAUCACCCUGGCCAUCGCCUGGGUCCUGGUGUAUUUCUGUAUCUGGAAGGGUGUCGGCUGGACUGGAAAGGUGGUCUACUUCUCAGCCACGUACCCCUACAUCAUGCUCAUCAUCCUGUUCUUCCGCGGAGUGACGCUGCCCGGGGCGCGGGAGGGCAUCCUCUUCUACAUCACGCCCAACUUCCGCAAGCUGUCGGACUCGGAGGUGUGGUUGGACGCGGCCACCCAGAUCUUCUUCUCCUACGGGCUGGGCCUGGGGUCGCUGAUCGCUCUCGGGAGCUACAACUCUUUCCACAACAACGUCUACAGGGACUCCAUCAUCGUCUGCUGCAUCAACUCUUGCACCAGCAUGUUCGCGGGCUUCGUCAUCUUCUCCAUCGUGGGCUUCAUGGCCCACGUCACCAAGAGGUCCAUUGCUGAUGUGGCGGCCUCAGGCCCCGGGCUGGCGUUCCUGGCGUACCCGGAAGCUGUGACCCAGCUGCCCAUCUCUCCGCUCUGGGCCAUCCUCUUCUUCUCCAUGCUGCUGAUGCUGGGCAUAGACAGCCAGUUCUGCACCGUGGAGGGCUUCAUCACUGCGCUGGUGGACGAGUACCCCAGACUCCUCCGGAAGCGCAGGGAGCUCUUCAUCGCCGCCGUCUGCGUCGUGUCCUACCUGAUCGGCCUCUCCAACAUCACCCAGGGGGGCAUUUAUGUCUUCAAGCUCUUCGACUACUACUCCGCCAGCGGCAUGAGCCUCCUCUUCCUCGUCUUCUUUGAGUGCGUCUCCAUCUCCUGGUUUUACGGUGUCAACCGCUUCUACGACAACAUCCAGGAGAUGGUGGGCUCCAGGCCCUGCAUCUGGUGGAAGCUCUGCUGGUCCUUCUUCACCCCCAUCAUCGUGGCGGGUGUGUUCAUCUUCAGUGCUGUGCAGAUGACCCCGCUCACCAUGGGGAGCUACGUGUUCCCCAAGUGGGGUCAGGGCGUGGGCUGGCUCAUGGCGCUGUCUUCCAUGGUCCUCAUCCCCGGCUACAUGGCCUACAUGUUCCUCACCUUGAAGGGCUCCCUGAAGCAGCGCAUCCAGGUGAUGAUCCAGCCCAGCGAGGACAUCGUGCGCCCCGAGAACGGCCCCGAGCAGCCCCAGGCCAGCGGCUCGGCCAGCAAGGAGGCCUACAUGUAGGGGCCGCGCUCGCCCCCCCGGCUGGCGCCGGCCACCACUUGAAGUCAGCAGAUACGACAGUCUCUGUCUCUACCUACCUCGAGUGGCGAGUCCGGAGACCGUCAGCGCCCAGAGCCAGGGGAGGGGGGCGCCCGCGGGGGGCAGAGGGGCCCGUGGCAGCAGCCCCACCCCGGGGGGGCGACCUCUCCCAGCCCUGGCCCUUGGGUCUGAUCUCCCCUAGAGUCCUCCCCCCGCCAGCCACGAGGGCCCCGGGGCCCGGGCCUGGGGUUCCAUGACUGUUCCUUUACUGCCGAAGCCCACGACUGUUACCGGACUCUGCAGGGCCCGCCGCGGGCGGGCGCCGCUCCAUCCCCACGCCCAGGGCAUCAGGGUGAUCCCAUUUCCAGGGAACACUGGGUCCCGAGGAGCGGGAAGCCCACAGAGCUCUCUGUCCACUCUGCCCUCUUCUCCUUCCUGAGGCAGCUUAAGAAAACGCCCAGGACCUCGGGUCCCUCCCCAGCCCCCGCCGUGGGAGUGGCGGGGAGGGGGGCGGGGGCCUUGGAGCCUGAGCUGGGCCCCCCAGGGGGACCGGGGGCGUCUCUGGGCCCUCCCCCCAGCCCCUCCCAUAGCACCUUCCGGAGGCUCCUUGGAAAACUGCCACAAGCACAAUUGAUGUUUCUCUGAAGUCCCCACUCUGGGACCCCCGUAGAGCCAGCAGAGCCGGGGUGAAGCCUGGGGUCAGACUCGAUCCAGUGCUCCCUGCCACCCUCAUCCCCGGGGGGUGCUCUCUCCUCUCUGCCACUCCCCCCCCGCCCCCCAGCCCGCUAACUGAGGAGCUAGGGUUCCUCCCUCGGCCCCCCGAGUGCUUCCGAGAUCAAGACCACUCCUGAUGGCGCGUCCCCAGCCGACCCCCGGGCAGAGAGCUUCUUGCCAGUUCCAGUAACUGGGCGUUUCCUGUGUGCCAGCAAGACAGACCCCAUGUAGCAAACCGUACGUCAUGCCCGUGAGCUCCUUAGCUAGUUAGCACAAAGCUGUGUUUGACGACUAACCCUGAUAACUGGUGAGUAACUGUGACUCUGGACUUUCUUCAACCCCGUAUCUCUCCCCUCCACGCCCGUCCUCGCAAUAAAGGGGGCUCCGCAAGCACAGCGGGGUGGCGCCCGAAGCCCCUCGCUCCUGUCUGCGCCCACCCAUGUACAGUCCGGCCACACGCGUGCUCGGUCGUCCUGGUCCCCGUGACCCGUCGCGUGGGGGAGUCCCGUGUACCAUAGCCUCAGCCCCCAGUGCUGACUCUCCCCACGCUGCCCCCGCGUCUGUGUUGUGAAACUAGCGUGUAGGAGGAACCGUGUGUCACCUCCCGCCCCGUCCCCUGUGACCCCCUUAGAGUAAGGGCCGGAGGUCUCCUCUUUGUCCUUCAGUGUGACACGAAGCCUGAGUCUCCCAGAGACAGCUGCAGCGUAUUUCCUGUUCGUAAGCAAAAUCUAAAGUGACACGUUGGGCAAGAAAUCCCUGAACCGAUUUCCACCCAGACCUACGUAUAUAGCACAAUAUUACAUGUGGUACAAUUACUGUUUGGGGUGUGGGUGUGUGUUACUUCUUUUUUUUUUUUUUUUUUUUAGUAUUUUCCCUGGGUGGUGGGGAGGGGGAGAUAAUUGUAUUAUCCUCUAUGGUUUUCUUUUUCAAUAAGGAUUUAUUCUCAGAACAUCAAGUAAAUCUAUCUCUAUAUUAAAAAAAUAUAUGUAAUAUAUACAUAUUCAAACUAUAUGCAGAGUCUGUUUUAAAAAAAAUUACAGUAUUAUUUAGUAAAAUUAUCUUGUUCUAUGGACCAAAUGUAAAAUAUUUAUAAAUGAAGAUGCAUUUUAAAUGUCUAUAAAUGGUGUCAUAACUAGAGCACGGGAAUUAUGUAAGUUUCUAAGAAUUUAGAGAAAAAUAAUAAAGGUUCUAUGAUAUGUACAA